AUGUAUCAAAUCCGAUCCAGUUGGUAUGGAAAAGAUACUCCAAAACAAGUAUUCGAAAUGAAAAAGGCACCUAGCGUAACCGAAAGUAUAGGAGAAGAGUUGACGUCUAACCCGGCAAAGUGUCAUGACCAUAAGAAAACAAAAUCGUCCGUAACCAGGUCCAACCAAGAAAAGAAGUUAAAAAAUACGUUUGGCUGGGCCAGAACUGAUGUUAUAUUUAUGUUAAUAUGUUGUGUGUUUUUAGCUUCGUUAAGUUUUUCUAUUUUUAUUGAAGCAUUUCAGACAUUGGUUCAUAUCGACCAUCAUGACGAGAUGCAUCAUUCCAUAUCGGUUUUAUGUUUAGGAGCAUGUGGCUUAUUACUCAACGGAGUAUGCUACCUGUUGAUUGGUGGAUAUACAUUCCACCAAGGAAGUUUUCUCUAUGUAACAGAAAGCGGAAAUGUAGUUUUAAGUAAAAUAGUAGUUGACCAGUCUUUGCAGCAAGGUGCAAGACGAUUAUCAAGAAGCAAAACUAUCCAUCCUAUGAUCGCAAAUCAAAAACAAAGGCAAGGAUUUUGGGAAAUGACCAGAGAUGUAAACGUGAAAGAAAGCUGCCUGAUUCUUCUACAGACUAUGCCUGACACGAUAGAUAUCGACACACUGAAGAUUCAAUUACUUAAUCAUUUUCCAGAUAUUGUAAAUAUCCAUGAUUUUCAUAUAUGGCAACUUACUGCCAAUAAAGUUUAUAAACAACUUAUAGAAGAAGUAAAAGAAUUCUUUAACGAUUACGGCAUAACUCAAGUAACAAUACAACCCGAAUUCUUUAAAAAGAAUGCCAGUAUGGAUAGUUUGAAUUCGAAAUAUGCUCCCAACUGUUUAGUAGCAUGUCUUGAAGAUGGAUGCAAAGAAAAUCACUGUUGUCCAAAUUACAAAGACAAGAGUAUCACGAAGUCACACUCAAAAGAAGUAAUACCGGGAAGCACUACACCUGACCUAAAAUCCGUCCGGAUUUUAAACGACGAGCUGGCUCACCUUCAUGACGGCAGUGCCAGUAGUUUGAAUUCAAAUCUUCCAUCUGAAAACAUACAAUUGACUCCAGUCCAUAAUUGUGUUUCCAGUGUAACCUCAACACCACAACUUCAGAAACAACAAGAAACUACAACCUCCUCCUCCGAUUCGCUUAGCGCAUUAAAUAACGAAUCACCGUCAGAAAGUGAGAAUAAAGUGGCGAUUACAACGAACAUACCUUUAGAAAUAGCAAAUGAAGACACUGGUGAUAAUUUAACCAAAGAUAAUAAUAGUAAAAUAAUUUGUAAUCACGUAAACUCUAGAGAAGAACAAACAGGAGCAAAUAGCGAAAUAAAGGAAGUAAUAAAUGAUAUUAACACAGUUGACUAAAAUUAUAGUAAUAUUAAAUGUAAAAUGUUAAAUGUAUAUAUUUAUGUUUUUAUAUCAUAAGUUGCAAAGUUUUAAGAAUAGUAAGAGGUGAAUACCAAGUUCCUGGGUUAAAUAUGCUGAAGAUAUUUUAAGACAAAACUGGAAAAUUAUAAUAAAAAAAUGCAAUAAGCAAAAUGUAAUUAGAAUUUAAUAAUAUUAUAUUACAUAACAAAAGUAGAAAAUAAAAUAAUUUGUAGGUAAGUCAAAUGAAAAUUCAAACUUAAUACUGUUUGAGUAUCACUUUGUUGUAUAGUUCAGUAGAUACGCGAUUCGAGCUACACGCUAGUGAGACAGUUUUCAAAUAAACUCCAAAGUGAAUCUUUUGAACUAGAAUUCGCUAGUAAAUCGAAUUGGCCGACGUAUGAGUUGUAUGAUGAUAGUGUUGCUUUCUGCACAUGCGAUGGCCUCUAUUAUAAU